AUGAACAGUAAGUUAGAUAGAUGCCAUUUCAAUAAUCAAAGGGUUUAAUAUUCCAUUCUUUUUUGAAAUUUGGCCUUUUACAAUUCCUUCUUACAAUUAUUUUGCUAUCAGUAUUCUGAGUAUCAUACUCUUAAUCCAAAAAGUUCGUACUCUAAUUCAGAUACUAUAAACCCAGUCAAAUGCAUUAAUUUACGAUACCACACGCUUUUCCACAAUAAUGUCCCUUCAUUUCCAGCUAAACACUCCAAGCAUUGUCUGGAAAAGUACCUAUGGAAGUACGAGCUACAUGGUUUGUCUCAAGUUAUUAUUGGAAAGACACUGAGGUCCCGAAUCAUAUGGAUCAGCAUUAUAUUCACCUGCACCUUCAUAGCCCUAUGUACCACCUACGAAGUUGUGACAGAAUAUAUCGACUUGAAAACGACAACUUUGAUUACGUUUAAGCGCGCGAAACGUCUCAAAAUGCCAACUAUUGUGGUAGGUUUUAUGCUAAUUUACCUUCUGUGUAAAUCUUGCUGAACUCUUAACACCACCCCUUCAAGGUAUACCACCAAAACUUUUAGGUAUGCCCAAAAAACCCAGAUGCAGUAGACAUAGAACGUUUAUCAGGCGAAAUUAAAUCCAAACUUCCAUUCAUUACCCCUAAUGAUACAAAAGCGCUUAUUAGUUUUGCCAUAGCUGGAUCUGGUUUAGCGAAUAUGGAACGACUGGUUUAUAGUUGGACGUCAUUGCAAGGGCAACGGUACCACGCUAUGCUGCAGAAAUGGAAAGGACCCAGAAGUUACAUUGAAUUUUACAAUGAUAUCUUCUUCAAAUAUGGGUAUAAGUGCAAAGAUGUGAGUGUUUUGCCUUGAAUUUGUUUUACAUUUGCAUUUUGAAUCAACUUUUGCGUUUUUUAUUUCAUUUUCUCUUUUUUACCUUUGUUUCAUUGUCAUUUACUUUGUUUUCCUAAUAUUAUCCUUGUUUUUAAAGUUGUUUUAUCGUUUUAACAUACGUCUUCACGUUAAAUUUUUUAGUUAUUUUACUCCUGCUACAUUGGCUACGAUCGUUUUGAUUGUUGUGAAAAGUUCACACCACAGUAUGUCAUGCUUCGUGGCAAAUGCUAUCGUAUGGAGCAACACUAUCAAGAAGCACCCGAUAUUCAUGGUAGAAUAGCAUUGCUGAUUCGACAACUACCUAGCCCUUUCGUAGAGGAGAAUGGACGACAGGUAGGUUUAGGCAAUAAGCUUUGUGAUUGUUCAAUUCGUUGUUAUCGCUGUGAUUGUUUGAGUCUUUGUUAUAGUUGUGAUUGAUCAAUUCUUUGUUAUUCAUGAGUGUUUUAGAAAACAAAAAUGAGAAGGCACGUAUUUUACAUUACAUAACUCUGUUUUAGCCUCAAGCGGUUGUUUUUGUAUCCGAUAACUACACGGAUAUAUCAACAUUUCCACGGUAAGUCAAAAAAUCGAAUUCGAAUUUCACUUCCGUAUACGAAGCUUCUGAAGAAGCUUAGAAUUCAUGAAACCUUAAUAUUUAUGUGUCCCUACUCCAAGCUAGCCUAAUUUCAAAAACUUUCUUAAUCCAAGCAAACCUUUAUUUAAAAAAAACUUCAUUCUCUACCAUUACCCUCUUUUUCAGCUACUACAUAAACCUGAAUGAAGCAAUAUUCGUACAUUUUUCGGCACGUUUACUACGAAUGUCUCCAUUCGAAUCCGAAUGUUCAAUGUUGGAAGAAGACAAAGGCCGCGCCACCUGUUAUGUCAAGAAGUAUCAUGAAUAUAGGGUGCUUGGACCACUAAACUGUUCACUGUUUUACCUUAAUCACCGUGUUGAAGGCUACCAAACUUGCGAACCUUUGGACAUUGUUUACAAUUACAACGUGGUUGUUAAUGGUGCUAUUGGUUUCAUUGGUGAAAGGGUGAGUUUGCUAUUGUUUGAUAGAUUGUUUUGUUAGUUGAGUCAUCUCUUUUAGGUUAUAAUUGUGCUUAUUAUUUCUUGUAUUAAUCUUUUUUGAUUCUUGAGGUUUUUAUUGAAUCUUUUUUAUCAUUUUUCGAGGUUUUCAUUAAAGACAUUAUGUAACCUUGUUAAUAUCGUUCUUUUACCUUGUUUUACAUCCAUCUUGAUCAAUAUUUUUAUAAUUUCCUUGUAAUUCCUUGCGGUUUUUAUUUAUUUUUAUAUGACUUAUCUUUCAAUUUAUCUUUUCUGAAUACAAUUUUUGAAUUUUCAGUGUUUACCACACUGUAACCGCUGGUACUACGAGUUUGGAAUUUACCGUUCUGAGAUAAACGAACGAUUCAAACCAAAAAACGAAACCGUUUUCCGAUUUGAAAGUGGAUUCACUAAUUUAGAGGUAGGUAUUCAUAAACUGAAGUAAAUUGUUAUGGUAGGUUCUCCACCCACCUUAUAGGGUUGUAGCCAGUCCUAGGGCGGUGUAACCACCCCAAAAGCCGUCUUUUAUCAUAGCCAUAAAAAAAUACCAGCCAUAUCUUUCUUAAGCCAAUAAACACCUUUUAAGCCUAAAAAUAUGCUUUUUAAAGCCUUAACACCCGGCAAAACUCCAUUUUUACCCUAAAGUACUACACAUUAAUCAAUCCACAAUGUUUUUUGUAAAAACAACGAACCAAACUUUCACAGUACUAACCUUGAAACCCUUUUUAGUACGAAGUGUACGAGCAAAUACGCACUACGACAUUACCCGGCUUUGUAUCACAAAUUGGAGGGCAAAGCGGCCUAUUUUUAGGCUUUUCAGUUAUGACACUGGUUCAAUUCUCCCUAUCUAUGUUCAGGUUUGGCAAACAUGGCAUUUUAAGCUUCAAAAACAAAUAG